AUGAAUAAUUUAUCGCAAUGUGUCGAUUCGGGGCGUACAUCCCCCGGGGGGUGUGCGCGGGGUGAGAGGGGACGCGAGGGAGGGAGGGGUACGGCGGGGGAGCGGGGCGGGGCGGCGGGUAAAGCACGUCAGUUUGCGGCGAGCGGCCGAGCGAGCGCCAUGUCCACGUGUGCGCCGCGCGCGUGUUGCCGGCCGCGCGCCCCGCCGACGUUGCUCGACAUCACAGCUAAGAUAGUCGCGGCCGCAAUCCCGUUCCAGCGCAUAGAGGAGCGCUACGAGCGAAUCCCGGAGCCGGUGCAACGGCGGGUGGUGUACUGGUCCUUCCCGCGGGAUGAGCGCGACAUCUGCAUGUACUCAUCCCUGGCGAGAGCGCCACCCGACGACCACCGCAACAUCGCCUUCUGCCGCGGCCUCAAACUGUUGGAAGCCGGCUGCGUGGAGAACGUCCUCCAAGUCGGCUUUCAUCUUAGCGGGGUAGUACGCGCCCCGGCCGCGGUACCACCGUGCUCCGAACCUGAAAGGUUAUACAGGGUUACAGUGUCCUUUGACAGAUGCAAGAUAACAGGAGUGACGUGCAGCUGCGAGGCGAGGGAUAUAUUCUGGUGCCAACAUGUUGUAGCGCUAGCGUUGUAUCGCAUACGAAAUGCGGACUCAGUGCGAUUACGUGUGCCCAUAUCAGAAACCCUCCUCCAAAUGGACAGGCAACAGCUACAGAAAUUUGUGCAAUAUCUCAUAGCAGAACACCAUACAGAGGUGUUGCCUACUGCCCAGCGGUUGGCUGAUGAAGUCCUGCAGGCCAGGUCUGCGAUUAACAGGAUCUGUGGUGCUCCGGAUCCCACCGCUGGGCCCCCGCCUGAUGCGCAUCAUGCUUGGCACUUGGAUGAACAGCAGGUCUGCGAACAAGUGCGAGCGUACUUAUUACAGGGAACUUAUUAUAAUGCAAAUAAACAACUAAAUUCAUUAUUUUCUAAGGUUCGAGAAAUGUUGAGAGCACAAGACUCAAAUGGUCCUAGAAUGCUCAUGCUUAUGACUGAACAGUUCCUAUCAGACCCUAGGUUGCUUUUAUGGAGGAACCAAAACACCCCCAUGACGGAAAAAUGUAGGCAAUUAUGGGAACAAUUAGGUGCUUUAUGGGUCAGUAUAGUGUUAGAUCCGGGGAGUAAUAAACACCAUAGGAUGCAAUGGAGGCAUUUGCUGGAUAAGUGGUCAGCUGUCGAGGUUUGCCCGACAGAGGACCCUGAUUACAGAUCAUUUCCUUUGUACGCGAGAGAACGGGAAAGAAACGAGAGGGAUCGAGACAGAGAUCACAGAGACAGGGACAGAGAACGGCAUCGAGAUAGAGAAGACAGGGAUAGAGAGAGGCUACGGGAAAGAGAGGAGAGAGAUAGAGAAAGACAUAGAGAGAGGCAAAGGCGAGAAAUGCAUUCCCAUUCAGAAAGUUCUGAUGAAGAAUCUAGGCCUAAUAACUAUGAACGUGAAUAUAGGAGAGCAAGUAAAAGACUUCGACUGCACAAUCAGAGACCUGCCCAGCUGACUCCCCGGACGGUGUUCCACAAAGCCUUAGAUGCAGUGGAUAUAUCGUGGGAGAACGAGCAUCUAAAGAACAUUCUGAGUUCAGACGAGUUCUGUGACCCUGAAACGGAGAAACCUGACAAAGCCGGUGCUUCCACUGGGUCUACAGCCUUACAGCCAUACCCUAAAUUCAACGAAAUUGGCCAACCCUUAUGGCAUGAACAUCUCCCAGUAGUGGGAGCGCGGAUAGAGGCGCUACGAGCGCACGGUCGCGCGCCCGCCGCCCUGCGCCUCGCGGUGGCGGCCGCUCGAGCCAUGAGGCAUAGACAGGAAGUGGCUCAGCAACGCUGGCAAGAAGCCGGCGGGGGCGAAGCGUCCAGCAGCGGAGGCGGCGGCGGCGGCGCGGGCAGCGCGUGCGUCGGGGACUCCUGCACGGGCCAGUGCGACCGCGCCAAGAUAUCCCUGGUGUGCGCGCACAUGGACGCCGGCGCCUGCCUCGCCGCGGGCAACACGUGUGCGCUCUCGCACUCGCAGCGGUGUAUCGGGAGAGAUAGCAGAUGUUGGACGGGUUGGACGUUGGAGGCGAUCUGGUGCGUGUACGAGUGCCUCGCGGAUGCGUGCCUCGCGCCCGACGACCAGCGCGCGUCGCCGCGACUGCACACAUACAUCGACGAGGAACCGAACACGGGACUACCUCCUAGAUAUCAACAUGUACCUGUAGCGGGCAGCAAAAACCCUGAAGAAACGUACCUGGCACUAGCUUUAGAAGCGGCGUUACUUGGCCUGGGCAUGCAGAGGAUGUUGCCAAGCGGUCUCUACGCGCAGGAGCGGUAUUGUAAACAGGAGGAGCGCCUGAUCAGCCAGCUGCAGCGCGUGGAGUGCGAGGCGGCGGGCGUGUGCGGGCGCGUGGCGCGCGCGCUGCUGGCGGGCGGGCCCUCCUCCUGCCUCGGCACCAAGCUGCACCCGCGCUCCGCGCCCGCCCACACCUUCGCCAGGUUCCUGUUCCUCGCGCUGCUGCCCACCGACCCGGACCUGGCUUAUAGAGUCGGCUUGCGGGCUAUGAGACUGCCGAUGGUGGAGGAGGCGUACGCGCUGGACGGCAACGCGGCGGCGGGCGGCGCGGGCGCGUGGCACACGCUGCAGCACGCCGAGCAGCAGCAGGCGGCACUCGCCAGUGCAUUACUUGGCGCGGCGCGCGGCACGCCGGCGCGGCUGCGCGCGGCGCUGGCGGCGGCGCAGCGGCACGUGCGCUCGGCCGCGCAGCUGUUCCGCCUGGCGCAGGACGCGCUGCGCCACGCCGCGCCGCCCGACGCGCCGCACCACCACCGCGACCUGCUCGCCGCCGCCUUCGAGCUGGGCCUGCAGGUCCUGCGCAUGACCUUGUCCGCGGUAAACUGGCGGAGGCGAGAGAUGGUGCGGUGGCUGGUCACGUGCGCGACGGAGCUCGGUCUAGACGCCUUGCUGUCUAUAAUGCAGAACUGGUACGAACUGUUCACGCCGACGGAGGCGACGGGGCCGGUGGCGGCCGCCGCCAUGUCGCACGCCACGGCGCUGCGCCUGGGGCUCAGCUUCGAGCAGCAGGAGAAGCUCAGCGCGUGCGCGCGGACGCUCGCUCUGCAGUGCGCGGCGAAGGACCCGCCGGGCUGCGCGCUGAGCGCGCUGUCGGUGUGCGAGGGCUCGGCGGGCGCGUUCGAGGCGGCGUGCGCGGCGGUGGGCGGCGCGGCGGCGCGCGGCGCGCUCGCCUCCAGCCAGCUGUUCGCGGUGGCGCGCUACAUGGAGCAGCGCGGCCAGCCCGCGCGCGCCAUGCGCCUCGCCACGCUCGCCAUGAGGAACUUGCACUUGCAUUAUAAUCAGGAUAGUCACCCCGCAAUCGCAGACAUCCACUGGGCGGUGGCGCUCGCGCACUCGCUGGGCAGGGCCGAGCUGCAAGCGAUGUUGCCGCUUCUAGUUAAAAACGUGCAAUGUGCGCCCGUUUUGUCGGACGUGCUGCGGCGCUGCUGCGUGGCGGCGGCGGGGUGCUCGCGCGCGCGGCCGCCGCCGCCGCGGCCGCCCACGCCGCUGCGGCCGCUGCUGGAGGCCGCGCUGCGCGCCUACGCCUCCACCACGCACGCGCGCCUCGCGCACAUCUCGCCCAGGCACUACGCGGACUUCGUGGAUUUUCUUGGUAAAGCCCGAGACACAUUCGCGCUAGCACACGACGGGCCGCACCAGUUCGCUGCGCUUCUGCAAGAAAUAAAAUUAAAAUAUAAAGGCAAAAAGAAACUAAUGUUCCUUGUCAAAGAGAGGUUUGGA